AGAUAGUCCACGGAAGCAGAGGUGGAACCACACCCUACUUUUCAAUCUCCGUUUCGCUAGUCCGUGUUUUCCUGAAUCACGCAGCGAUCAACAAAAUUCCUAAAUCUCUCGUAAAACCCUUUAAUAGAAACCCUAGCCUUCGAUCCAAUCCUCAAGAAUACACUACAGAAUACAUUACAAGCCAAAUUGUAAACAACGCGUAUACACAUAUAUAGGACAAAGCUUCGAGCUUUCAACUGAAUUUCAAAUUUGGGUCUUUGGGUGGAUUGGGUGCAAUGUCGGUCAAUCGGAGAAGGAGCAAUGGAGGGGAGAAUCGCUUUUAUUGUCCGCCGGCGAUGAGGAGGCAGCAGCAAAUGCAAGCCGCAGCGAAGUCGCAAUCUGAUAAGAGAACUGGAGAGUCUGAAGAUGCAGCAUCGUCAACAUCAACCACCACCACACCCACCUCAACUGCAUCUUUUUCAGCGAAUUUGGACCGUUUCUUGGAGUAUACAACCCCUAAAGUUCCUGCUCAGAUGAAAUCAACUUGGAACAUUUGGAAAUGUGCAGACACGCAUGAGAUCUUGGAGAUAUCAUGGCAGUGAUUUCAGCCCCUACUUCAUUUUGGAUGAUCUUUGGGAAUCUUACAAGGAGUGGAGUGCAUAUGGAGCAGGAGUUCCUCUUGUAUUGAAUGAGAGUGAUUCUGUAAUACAGUAUUAUGUCCCAUACUUGUCUGGGAUUCAACUGUAUAUAGACCCAUCCAGGCCAGUUGCGGGUUCACGACCAAGUAAGGAAACUGAUGCUGACACAUAUAGGGAGACAAGUAGUGAACAUGUUGGAAAGCGGAAUCAGCAUAAUGCAACUGCAAAUGGAUUUGAUAGACCGUCAUCAACAAACAAUUCCUCCUUGAAUGAGACAAGUCAUCCACCUGGUGUACUUAUGUUUGAGUUCUUGGAACAAAAUCCACCACAGAAUCGUCAACCUUUGACUGAUAAGAUCAUAAGUCUUGCAUCUCAAUUCCCUGAGCUGAGGACUUAUAGGAGUUGUGAUCUGACACCUGCUAGUUGGAUUUCCGUGGCUUGGUACCCAAUUUACCGUAUACCUAUAGGCCCCACACUGCAGAGCCUUGAUGCUUGCUUCUUGACAUUUCAUUCUCUUUCAACAUCACAUGAUAGUACUACUAGGAGGAAUGACUUGCUACAUAAUCAUGGAUCAACAAGCAGUAGUAGCAGUAGUAGUAGAGGGAUGCAUAAUGCUGAUAGUACUAACAAUAAUAACAACACCAACAAUAAUAAUUAUAAUAAUAAGAAUGUCAUGCCCGUCAAGCUCCCACUUCCAACUUUUGGGCUUGCAUCUUACAAGUUUAAAGUUUCUUUCUGGUCUCCAAGUGAAGAAUAUGAAUCUGAAAAGGUCAAUUCUCUUUUACUAGCUGCUGACAAGUGGCUCCGACUAUUACAAGUCGACCACCCUGAUUACAGGUUCUUUGUUUCACGUAGCACAUACUUUAGGUGAUCUUUCAAAUCUCAAUCCACACAUGACUUAAGUUUCCCCUUAAGAAGAGAUCAUUCCCUCCGGUGUGUUCAUCACUGACUGUGAAGCCUAUACUAUAUGGAUUGUCUUCAUUCCCAGAAUCACAAUGCAGUGUUUUCAGUCUUUUUCAUUGCAAAAGAAUGCUGUAGUUACUGAAGUUGUGUCUAUGGUGGUACCCAUAGGUUAUAAGUACUUUUCGUUGUGGUUGUCACAUCCAAUUUUUUGUAACUUAACUUCAUCAACAAAUAGGGGUUGAUGUAUCUGAUAAUGAGGGAGGGAGGAGGUAGCCAUAUUUGUAAACAACUCUUUAAAUUCUUGUAUCAUUAGUAGUAUUAUUUAUCAUUAUUAUUGUACUUGUACAGAGUAGAUUCCACAAUGUUUGUGUUAGCUCUUCACUGGAUGGAUAUUUGAGAGUUCCAGACUACCAAAUGUUUGCAU